UUUUCCGCGUCUGAAUAAGGACCGUUAUCAUACUGAUAGCGGAUCAUAAUUCCAAACCCGAUGGUUGAGUCACCAGUUUUCGGCUGUCGGUGGCUCGAAACGCUUCAAUGAAUUGGCUACGGUGAGUGGCUACAGUAGUCGCGAAUUCAUUUUGCAGAGCCGCGAAUCGAGCAAUUAGUUAUACCUCAAGACUCACUUCCGGUGGAGAUUCGAUAGCAUGGGAAUAGGUUGGUGCUUCGGUGGUCCAGGACCACCGCCACCCCCGCCGAUGAUGGGUCCGGGUUUCAUGGGCCCUCACUUCGGCCAUCCAGGAUUCGGGGGUCCGGGUGGAGGUUUCGGGGGACCGGGUGGAGGAUUUGGGGGUCCGGGGGGAGGAUUUGGAGGUCCUGGUGGAGGAUUUGGUGGAGACAUGGGAGGCGGUGGAUUCGGGGGUGGAGGUGGAGGGUUUGGGGGUGGUGGCGGCGGUGGCGGGGGAGGAGGAGGAUUUUAG